GGAUAUUUUUUUUAUAUAUUAUCUGUUGCGGCUACGUUGUCUGUCUCAAAACAGCCAUAUUUCUUUCUUGUAUGCGUUGGUUCUCACCGUGUCACGAUGAGUUCCUUAAAACUACAGAAGAGGCUCGCAGCCUCUGUUAUGCGAUGUGGUAAAAAGAAGGUGUGGUUGGAUCCAAAUGAAAUCAAUGAAAUCGCCAACACCAAUUCCCGACAGAACAUCCGUAAGAUGAUAAAGGAUGGUCUCGUCAUCAAGAAACCAGUCGCCGUGCAUUCGCGCGCCCGCGUCCGUAAGAACACCGAGGCCAGGAGGAAAGGUCGUCACUGUGGCUUUGGAAAGAGAAGAGGUACUGCCAACGCUCGUAUGCCACAGAAAGAACUCUGGGUUCAAAGACAAAGGGUUCUCCGUAAAUUGCUCCUUAAGUACAGAACUGCCAAAAAGAUCGACAGACACCUGUACCACGCUCUGUACAUGAAGGCUAAGGGUAAUGUGUUCAAGAACAAGCGUGUGCUUAUGGAGUACAUCCACAGGAAGAAGGCUGAGAAGGCCAGGACUAAGAUGUUGAGUGAUCAAGCCGAGGCCCGCCGUAACAGAGUGAAGGAAGCCCGCAAGCGGCGAGAGGAGCGUAUUGCUGCUAAGAAGGAAGAACUGCUGCAGACCUUCGCCCGCGAGGACGAGGCCGCCGUCACCGCUAAGAAGUGAUAGAUUAUAAAUAAAGGCGUUUAAGCAAA